AUGAGUACCAAUCAUCCAAGAGUAGCCCCCGAACGGUUUGACAAGGAUGCAGCAAUUGCAGCAACCCAAAGUGCUACAGCUCUCAGAGGAGCCGCACUCGCCUUCGGAAAACCUCCUGUGAAACCGAAACCUCAAGUCAAUACAUACAGCGGAAAUAAUGGGGCUUUGGCUGCUGCGACCAAAGUAGGAGGGGCUCGGAGUGUAAACAAUGGGGCGUUGCUAGAUGGAACACUGGAGGGACAAAGGAGAGGACAACUUCACAUCUACGAUGGUCCAGGGAGACAUAUAAACCAUGUUGACGACGAUCAAAGAUACACGGCGCGGACUGGGAAUGGCCUCUUACGACCUAAACCAGAGCAGGCCAAGUCAGCGUCUUUCCUCGCAGCAAAUCUAGCGGCUUCAAGAUCUCCCUCUGUCAGUCCGAAUGUUACUGGCCAGCAACACCAAAGACCCGGUACGGUUGGUAAUUGGGAAGGAAUUGCUAUCUCUCGGCGAUCACUCUCUCCGUUGAGAAGUAGUGGUUCUUCAAGAGGCUCCGAUCAACCCUUAGAUCUCACAUCUAUCCCGCCAACCACAUCCCUGAUACAUAUGUUCGAGCAGAGCCAGACGGAAUCGCAAGCACGGCCGGCUCUCUUAGCUGCGCAAAGAAGCGUCAGUUCAUCUUCUUACCAAAAUCGCACCGUUCCGACCCAAGAGCACGCUGCUCCGCCACUAAAGCCAUCCCGACCAAAAGAUAUAUCAUCUAGAUAUAUAGUAGAUCCACCUCGACCUGUAGAUACACACAAGGUAGCACCUAUACUACCUCGACCACAUCCCACGUUGAAUGCAAAGAACGAUACCGAGGAGGCCUCUUCAGAUGAAUCUUUCGUGUCCGCUACAGAUGGCAGGUCAAUGGUCCGCGCCAAAGUUGAUCAGCCAAAGCGUAUUGCAUCUACUUCCCAACACACUGCAAACUCCGCAGCUGCAAUAGAUUCAUUAGCAAAUGCAAUAGUAGCAAGUAGCUUAGCCUCUUCUCGAGCCGCCUCUCCGUCCAAGAGCCUCCGGCCACCAGCUCCUCCGUCACGACGAAGCCCCAGAGGCCAUCAUUUGUACCAUGGUGAAACAUCUAGGUCUGGGAGUCCUUCCAAACCUGUUGGUCUGCGAACGACGAUGAGAAAACCAAAGUUGGAAAAAGAGCCUGAUGAAGGUGCGAAACGUCGAAUGAAGAAGGCACACCUGAUGAAAAAGCACCCGAACAAGCAUCAUGAAGGGGAUCGUAAGCGUUGGCGGGAUGAGAUUACCGAAAGAGAACGAAGACGCUAUGAAGCUGUUUGGGCUAGUAAUAGGGGUCUCCACCUAUCAGCUGGCUUAGAAUCAUCAGUCUCUAAUUUGGUAGUGCGAGAUAUCUGGUCUAGGUCUAGGCUAAACAGUGAUAUCCUUGAAGAAGCUUAUGACCUCGUCAACCGAACCGAAGGGGGCAGCUUAGGAAAGGAAGAGUUUGUCGUUGGUCUUUGGCUAGUUGAUCAGCGACUCAAAGGAAGGAAGCUGCCGAUUCGGGUCAGUGAUAGCGUAUGGCAUAGCGUAGGUGUGUUAAGGGAUAUGAAAAUGAAGACAAACAAGAAGCCAAGUAAAGGAAGGUAG